AAUGAAAUGAUGGGUACGAGGAUGGUAAUCCUCAUGGUGAAAGAAAACCAAGAUGUACGAGUAUUCCUAUAACUGGUAUAGUGGUAUUAGGUAUAGUAUACUGUGAUACAGCCAUAGCCAUUGAGCUAUAUAAAAUAUAUUAAUACAGUAGUGGGGAGAGCACGGGAAGAGGAGUUAGAGGAGAAGUCUUUCAUUCUGGCCAAUUCUGAGUAGUGAGACUGACAAUGAGUGCCACAAUUCUAUAUAGGACAUUUGAAUAGUAAGACUUUGGGUAACCUAUAUAUCGGAGAAUGAAAAAUAUGAGCUCGUAUAAACAAAAAACUAAUAAGAAGAAACGGUCAGGUUUGAAACCAACUGAGAAAUCUCGCAAACAAAUACGUAAAGAGCAAAGAAAGCAGAAGAAAAUUAAUAGAGUGUUGUAUUUCACGAAGAGAAAAGAAUUACAUGCACGUGCACGUGGGCUUGAUGAAGGAGUCGACACUGAUCAUAAACCAAAUGACGAUGAAGUAGUUAAGAAAGCAGUAAGAGUUCAGAAAAAAAUUGAAAACGAUGCCACGGAAAAAAAGAAAAGGAAGUUAGAACAGCUUAAGCAGCAAAAAAGAAAGCAGGAAACUAAAUUGCUUGAACAAGCUAAUGAGAAAGAGGACAAGAUGAUUAAGAAAUUGGAGAAGCAACUGAAAUUGAACAAGAGGAAAAAGAAAACAGUACCCAAGUCCUUUGUAGAGGAUGGUUUAGAUUACCUGUUAAAUUUUUGUCUAGAGAAAGAUAGAGCACAUCUUGCAGAAACAGAGAAGGAGCUAAUUGAAAAUAACUUUGAAAAUGAAAUGCAUAUUGGUUAUUCAGAGAUAAGUAACAAGUCGAGUAUUGAGAAAAGUGAGGACAUAGAUUUAAGCGAGAAUGACAGUAAUGAUGGGAAUGAUAGUUACAAUGAUAGCAAUAGCGAACAGAUGAACAGUGAAAGUGAGAGUGAGAAUAUCAAUGAAGAUGAAAAUAACGAUGAUCAAGAAAGGUCGCCAGGGAAUAGUGUCAAGGCGAAAGCUAAACAAAUAAAAUCGAUGCAGAAUAAAGAUGGUAAUGAUACUAAUGACGACAAUGAAGACUUAUGGGAAGAUAUCUAUGGAAGAAAAAGAGAUAAAAAAGGCAAUGUUAUACCAUCUACUAACAAGUACAUUCCACCAGCUGCAAGAAUGGCUCCACAAGAUAUGAGUUUAGAUAAUGAAAAAUUGCUUUCAUUAAAAAGGCAAUUAAAGGGCUGUUUGAACAGGGUUACAGAACAUAAUAUGCACAGUAUAGCAAAUCAGAUAGAAGCGAUGUAUAUGACGAAUAGCCGAAAUAGUAUGAAUUAUUUAUUAACAGAAUUGACGAUUGAAAGUUUGGUAUCGUAUGUAAUUUCACCGGGUCGUCUUAUCUCCGAGCACAUGAUGUUAAUCGCGAUUUUACAUGCUAAUAUUGGUAUCGAGGUCGGUGCUAAUUUUUUAGAAAAGCUCGUUGUGAAUUUUAUUAAAGCUUUGGAAGAAUCGCAGGACGUGGAGAACAAACAACUGGAUAAUAUGGUCCUCAUGAUUUCAAAUCUUUAUAAUUUCAAAGUCUUUGGAUACAAGCUUCUUUAUCAGAUACUCGACAAAUUGAUGACAAGGUUCACAGAAAAAGAAAUUGAAUCAAUAUUGUUGAUUUUGAAAACAGUGGGAUUUUCAUUGAGGAAAGAUGAUCCAAUUGCUUUGAAGGAAUUCAUACAGAACUUGCAGCGGAAAGCUAGCCACGAGGACGGAACGAAUUCAAGAGUCAAAUUCAUGUUAGAAAUUCUAUUGGCAAUAAAAAAUAAUAAUAUUAAUAAAAUACCGCAAUACGAUCCUUCUCACGUGGAACAUUUGAAAAAAGUUAUGAAAAGCGUGAUCCGUAAAGGGAACACGGUAACGCAAUUUAAUGUAUCUCUGGACGACUUGCUACAUGCUGAUGAACGUGGAAAGUGGUGGAUCGUAGGAUCUGCUUGGUCUGGAUCAAAUAAUGUAGAUGACAAACCGAAUGUGAGGCAACAAACUACGUUUAAUUUUGGUGAUAAAAUUAUGAAAUUGGCGCAGAAGCAAAGAAUGAACACCGAUACUCGAAAGAACAUCUUCUGCGUCCUUAUGACGGCCGAAGAUUAUUUGGACGCAUUUGAAAAGCUUCUUCAUCUUGGACUGAAAGAUCAUCAAGAAAGUGAAAUCAUACAUGUUUUAAUGCACUGCUGCUUACAGGAAAAGAAGUUCAAUCGCUAUUAUGCUGUAUUGGCACAAAAAUUGUGCGAAUAUAAUAGAAAAUAUCAGCUUACGAUACAAUAUACCUUUUGGGACAAACUAAAAACUCUAGAGUCGUAUGGACACAAUCAAUUGAAUAACUUAGCGCAAUUCUUAACUCAUUUAUUCAUCGAAAAAUGUCUGGCCUUAUCAAUCUUAAAGAUUAUCCAGUUUACCGAAUUAGAUAAGCACACUAUGCGAUUCAUUAAACAAAUACUAUUAAACAUUUUUUUACAUGAAAACGAACUGGCUUGUAUGCAAGUAUUUGAAAGAAUCUCUAUUUCUCCCCAGUUGGAGGCUUUUAGAGAAAGCCUUCGCUUAUUUAUAAGUUGUUUCUUGGUAAAAAAUGUGGACUCGUAUAAUAUAUUAGAAGAGCAAAAGAUGAUGCUAAACAAAAGAGCCGAAUCGGUGGACAAAAUAUUGACUACACACGGUUCUAGAGUUAUAUUUUAAAUUUGAUACACAAGUAAAUUACUUUGGACUAAUUUUCGGAUUCUCAUCGAGAGAUGAUCUACCGACAUCAGUCCAGAAUCCCCACGUUAUGGCAAACGUGAUAUUAAUACUGUGUACGAACUGUGAUAUUAAUUGUAAUUAUUGUAAUAUUAAAAAUCGUCAAAUACAUGCUUACUAUGUAUUAAAAAUAACGAGAAGCACGUAACGAUCGAAACACUUAACGGAAUAAACAUCGUAGUCCUACCUGUCUUUCUUCUUACGACAAGUAAUUGGAUUUUCUGUCAUCGGUAAUAAUAUUUGAAAAUAUCGUCCCGAUGAGUGGACGUAUAAUUAUGCGAUCUUCUCGUUAUCGUUCUCUUUUAUAUAGAAGGGAGUUGUCGCGCGUUCUCCGUCACGAAGGAGGGACGCUAACAGAGGUCAGUGGCAAGGACUGUUUGAUUGUGACUCGUCUCAACAUCACAAAACCGGAUUUCGAACUCAACAUGUGCAUGAAAAUUGAAAUAAUGACAAAUGAAAACUGCGGAUAGAAGUUCUGACGUAAAUGCUUUUGCGAUUCCUACUUCAGAUAAAAUUACGGAUGUAAUUUAAUUUAUUUAUAAAUAUGGCUAAAACAGAGAUUGUUUCAUGUAUUGUAAUGUGUACAUUUAUGAUUAUUUAAAGUGCUUACAAUCCAAUAACAAUUAAGAUUCAUUCUCGCGACGAAACAAUAGCGAAAAUAAUUACCGUUAAGGGAAACUAUCGGGAAAAUCCUGUUAUGUAAUUAAAAAGUUAUGUGAAUAUAAGUUGAUACGUUUACGUACAAUAAAGUUGUUAUACUUCCAUACGUA